AUGAGCGGCCGAUCGCUGAUUAGCCACACAUUCAACGGACAACUCGUUAAUAAUUGUAACAACUUUUCAAUCAAUACUGUAUUUAACGCCAAAAAGCCAUUGCUAACGGAUCUAAUCGUCGGCCGGCUAUCGGCGGUGCGGCUAUCGAGCGGUGACGCGACCGCCGGUGACCAACAAUACCAGCAUAAAUGGGUUCCGGAGGGCGACCGCUGGUGGGAACGGUCGGGUCGGCCGAUGGCCACCGACGAGGAGUGGGAAGAGAACCGGCUGUUGCAUCGGUUCCACGUGUGCGGCGGUUCGUGGCGCCGGAAGCCGAAGCACCCGCUGGACAAUCAGCCGCAGAUGAAGGGAGUGGUGCUGAAGACGCUGAUCAAGAAGCCCAAGAAGCCCAACAGCGCUAACCGCAAGUGUGUGCUCGUGAGGCUCACCAAUGGCAAGGAGAAGGUGGCCUUUGUUCCCGGGGAGGGACACAACCUUCAGGAGCACAGCGUUGUGUUGAUCGAGAAGCGGCGCGUCCGCGAUGUGCCCGGCCUUAAGCUCCGUGUGGUUCGCGGCACUCGUGACUGCGCUCAUGUGGUCAAGAAGUCCGGUAAUAUGUAG